AUGCCCGUAUACAUGGUCCACGGCUUCCGGUGGCCACGCGCCGGCUUCACCGGUAUCCGAGUCUACAUCGUUCUCCACAACCUGGAAGACGCUACAGCGGAAUACGUCCAGCAACCGGCGACAAGUCGACUGCUUACCGAAUGCUUCAAGAAGACGGACCCGGAUAUCGUCGCUCGUCUACCGGACCUACAAUUCAUCGAGCAAUAUGACCCCGAAGACACUGAUAGCGCAACCGCUGUCAGCCAGCCCUAUGCCUACGUCGCGGCCAAGGUGAUUACACUUUCGGAACCUGGUGCUAAGGCGCCGGGACUCAGCUGGAAUCCCGAAGACUUGGCCAAGGACUCCCCCUUGGAACCAAGUGCCAUGGAAGCCCUGACGCAACUCCGAGAUAAGUACGCCGCAGGCGAGAGGAUAGGCUGGUGGAUUGUCUACAAUGGGGACCCAGACAGGGCUUUCCCUCACUCCGAGGAAGACGACAGUUAUGAUGAAUACGAUUAUGACGAUAAUGACGAUGAUGAGUACACGGAAUCAAAUGGCGAUAGUGUUAGGAACUCGACAGCACCAGAAACACCUCCUAGCCCGGCGCCUCGAUUCCCCGUGAAGUUCGCCAGGUUUUUUGGCAGAUAA